AUGUCUUAUUCUUCUGAUAGUGUUGAUAAAAGUAUUGUAAUUACCAAUGUCUCAUCAAAAAAAGUUAAAGCAUGUAUCGGAAGAUUCAAUGAUAAGCAGAUGUCUAAAUUUUACGACAUAGAUUCUUACAAACAAGAGAUUUGGGAACGUGAUCAGGAAAAAAUGCAUGUGGUUAAUAUAGUCUCUGAAAACCCAACUUUUGAUUUUAAUAUUCUUGUUGAAGCAAGAGAAAGAAUUAUUAUCGAGGAUUUUGAAAAAAAUUGUCUUUUAAUUUAUUUUUUUUCAAAGAGCGGGCAGAGAAGAGCAUACCAAUGUUGUCAAGAAAAUCGUAGUUGUGAUCAAUUAUUUAGGGAAUUAAUAAAACUAAAUUAUUAA